AUGGCCGCCCAAAUCACACCCUUCAAGAUCUCCGUCCCUGACUCUGCUCUUACCUUGGCGAAAGCCAAACUCGCUGCCACCACAUUCCCAGCAGAAGUCGACUUCUCCGAUGACUGGAAAUAUGGCACUAUCCUCUCUGAUAUGAAACGCCUGAUCAAGUACUGGCGAGAUGACUUUGAUUGGCGUGCUCAAGAGAAGAAGCUAAAUGACACGCUGCCACAAUUCACAACGAAAGUGCAUGUAGAUGGGUUUGGAGACCUGGAGAUGCAUUUCGUGCAUAAGAAAUCCCCAAAAACCGACAGUAUUCCGUUGCUAUUCUGUCACGGCUGGCCAGGAAGUUUCGUUGAAGUCUCGAAGAUCUUGCCUCUUCUUUUGGAGAACCCAGACGGGCCAACAUUCCAUAUCGUAGCACCAUCUCUGCCCAACUUUGGAUUCUCGCAAGGUGUCAAGCAACCUGCUUUUGGUAGAUCACAGUACGCUGAAGCUAUUCACAAGGUCAUGCUGAACCUUGGAUACGACAAAUACGGCAAGUUUACAAUGACCCAAGGCGGCGACUGGGGCUUCUCCAUAACCCGCCUCGUAGGCGCCAACUAUCCAACCCACUGCCUGGCCACACAUCUAAACGUCGCUCAAAUCCGCGCCGAAACUCUCGCCUCCUUCCUAUCCACCAACACCAGCCCCCUCACCCCCCAAGAACAAGCAGGCAUCCAACGCACCCAAUGGUUCACAGAACAGGGCUACGGCUACAACUCCCUACAAAGCACAAAACCCUCCACCAUCGGCUUCGCGCUCCGCGACUCCCCGCUCGCGCUCUUAAGCUGGAUCUACGAGAAGCUGCACGAUUGGACCGACUCGUAUCCUUGGACUGAAGACGAGGUCUUGACGUGGAUUUCCAUCUACCAGUUCUCGCGCGCCGGACCAGAGGCCAGUACGAGGAUUUACUACGAGGCGACGCAUACUAAUGUUGAGGAGGAGGGGAGGAAGCUGUAUGGGUAUAAUGGUGCUGUGAAGAUGGGGUUGAGUUACUUUCCACAGGAUUUAAGUGUUCCGCCGAGUAAGUAUGGCGCCGGGUUGGGAGAUUUGGUGUUUGAAAGGCGUCAUGCGGAUGGGGGGCAUUUUGCGGCGUAUGAGAGGCCGGAGCUAUUAGUUGGGGAUCUGAGGGAGAUGUUUGGUGACAAGGGGGGUGCGGCGGAUGUCAAGGGAAAGGUGGUGAUUUGA